AUGACUGACUGCAAACCAUGUCCUACACCGUUACCUUCUGACACUCGACUAUCUUGUCUUGAUGGUGAUCCUUUAUCUGAUCCGUCUACCUAUCGGAGUAUGGUGGGUGGCCUCCAAUAUCUUACUCUAUCACGGCCUGACAUUUCCUUUGCCGUCAAUCAAGUGUGUCAGUUUAUGCACAAUCCUCGUUCUUCCCAUCUUCAGGUUGUCAAGCGCAUUUUUCGGUAUAUUAAAGGUACAGUUGAGCAAGGGCUUGUUUUUCGCGAGUCCACUGAUUUUACUUUACGUAGCUUCUCUGAUGCUGAUUGGGCUGGUUCUGUUGAUGAUCGACGGUCUACCACUGGUGCUUGUAUCUUUUUUGGCCCUAAUCUCCUCACAUGGACUGCCAAGAAACAAUCUACUGUUUCUCGUUCUAGUACUGAAGCAGAAUAUCGUGCUCUUGCCAAUACUGCAGCUGAAAUUCAUUGGUUUGGCUUCCUAUUUCGUGAACUUGGUAUCCCUCUUCGCUCUGCACCUUGGAAUUAG